GGGGCGCCGCCGCCGGGCCAGUCCUCUGCAGGCGCCGUGGCGGGGCUGGCCGCCCUUGUGGGCUUUCUCAUCGUCUUCACCGUGGUGGGCAACGUGCUGGUGGUGAUCGCUGUGCUGACCAGCCGGGCGCUGCGCGCGCCGCAAAAUCUCUUCCUAGUGUCUCUGGCCUCGGCUGACAUCCUGGUGGCCACGCUGGUCAUGCCCUUCUCGCUGGCCAACGAGCUCAUGGCCUACUGGUACUUCGGGCAGGUGUGGUGCGGCGUGUACCUGGCGCUCGAUGUGCUCUUCUGCACCUCGUCCAUCGUGCACCUGUGCGCCAUCAGCCUGGACCGCUACUGGUCAGUGACGCAAGCCGUCGAGUACAAUCUGAAACGCACGCCGCGCCGCGUCAAGGCCACCAUUGUGGCUGUGUGGCUCAUCUCGGCGGUCAUCUCCUUUCCGCCGUUGGUCUCGCUCUACCGCCAGCCCGACGGCGCUGCCUACCCGCAGUGUGGCCUCAACGACGAGACCUGGUACAUCCUGUCCUCCUGCAUCGGCUCCUUCUUCGCACCCUGUCUCAUCAUGGGCCUGGUCUAUGCACGCAUCUAUCGCGUGGCCAAGCUGCGCACGCGCACUCUCAGCGAGAAGCGCACUCCCACAGGCCCCGACGGCGCGUCCCCGACCACGGAGAACGGGCUGGGCGCGGCGGCGGGCGAGAACGGGCACUGCGCGCCCCCGCGACCUGAUGUGGAGCCUGACGAGAGCAGCGCUGCUGCAGAAAGGCGGCGGCGCAGGGGAGCCCUGCGGAGGGGCGGAAGGCGGCGUCCAGGCGCCGAGGGGAGCGCGGGCGCUGCUGACGGACCCGGGCCCGACUCCGGGCCCGGCGCGGCCGAGCAGGGCACUCUGGCAGCCUCCAGAUCCCCUGGCCCCGGUGGGCGCCUGUCACGCGCCAGCUCGCGCUCCGUCGAGUUCUUCUUGUCGCGUAGGCGCCGGGCUCGCAGCAGCGUGUGCCGCCGCAAGGUGGCCCAGGCGCGAGAGAAGCGCUUCACCUUUGUGUUGGCGGUGGUCAUGGGCGUGUUCGUGCUCUGCUGGUUCCCGUUCUUCUUCAGCUACAGCUUGUAUGGCAUCUGCCGCGAGGCCUGCCAGGUGCCUGGCCCACUCUUCAAGUUCUUCUUCUGGAUCGGAUACUGCAACAGUUCGCUCAACCCGGUCAUCUACACCGUCUUCAAUCAGGACUUCCGGCGCUCCUUCAAGCACAUCCUCUUCCGACGGAGGAGAAGAGGUUUCAGGCAGUGACCUGUUCCUCAUCCCGCGCGGAGAUCCUGGACAGUUCAGAUCACGGAGCUGGCAGGAACAGGUGGCGGGGCGGGUGUGGCCCCUGGGUGAAGGCCAGAGACCCAGAUAUGGAUUGGCCUCCAAGACCCACAGCAGGGUGCGUUAUGGCAGGAGUUUGGGCCAGAGUGACAGCAGGCCUCUAGGGAGGGGGGGAGAGAAAGGGGAGAACCCUCCUGCCUUCCCCUCUCAGCAGGGGGCUAUAUCUGUGGCUCUGGCUCUGGGGGUCCUGAGGUGUGGCUGUGAGGCCAGGGUUUAGACAGCAGUGGGAUGCCCCCCACCCCGCACAUACACAACCACCCCGCGUCCUGCCUGAGCAAGGGCUGACUUCCCCAGGACUUGGUCGGCAGGAAGAAAGAGGGCACUGACAAUCUUUGAUUACUGAAAGUAUUUAAAUGUUUGCCAAAAAACAACCACAGCCAAAACAA